UUCACUUCCUAUAGGGACUGAAAACCAAGUGAGGAGAUGAAGGAUUGCACUGUACUACACCAGAGAAUCAAAGAGGAUAUACACUGUAGAUAGAUCCUGAUUAUCACCCAAGGAGCAAUUGCACAGCCGUGGGAAGACAUUUAGUCCUGCACAGCAUUGCUCAACACAGAGAAGGUUGGGCAGUGAAAUCGUCAUCUGGAAAUCAGUCAGGUCAGGGGAGCUUUGACAUACCAUCAGAUCUGAAACUGGUCAGUGGUGUGGAGCCUUCCAUCAGAACCAACCUUUCUGAAGGUUCGGCUGUGGGUGAUCGGUCAGGGUGAGGCUGGGAAGAAGUGUGAGUGGCUUCAAGUGUGGUGAGACCUUCAAUCAUUCAUCAAGCCUCAUGAACUACUGACCCUUUCCUCUGGGUAAAGAGGCUUUUCAACUGUGAAGUUUGUGAGGAGAGUUUCACAGACUCAUCAGAUCCCCAGCAACAGUGAAUCACUAUUAGUACAAGGUCAGCUGCAUGGAAGAAAAACCUUUCAAGUGUGAAUUGUGCAACAAAUCAUUCUGGUGCUCGUCAGACUUUCUUGUGCACCAACGCACUCACACAGGGGAGAAACCAUUUACCUGUGACGUGUGUAAGAAAUCAUUCUCUCAGUCAGCGACCCUACGUGUUCACCAACGUAUUCAUACAGGGGAGAAGCCAUUUACAUGUGAGGUAUGUGAGAAAUCAUUCACACAGUUAUCGAGUCUCCGGGUCCACCAAACAAUCCAUACAGGGGAGAAAUUCUUCAAGUGUGAAGUUUGUGAUAAAGCAUUCGCAACAUCUACGAGGCUCCUGGAACACCAGAGCAUCCAUACAGGGGAGAAACCUUUCAGGUGUCAGGUGUGUAACAAAUCAUUCUCACGCUCAACUCACUUCCGUACACACCAACGCAUUCACACUGGGGAGAAACCGUUCACCUGCCAAGUGUGUAACAAAUCAUUCUCACGGUCAUCGAACCUCCUUGAACACCAACGUCUUCACACUGGGGAGAAAACUUUCAAGUGUGAGGUGUGCAAUAAGACCUUUGCACAAUUGUCAGGCCUGGUGAAACACCGACACACUCACACAGGGGAGAAGAAAAUAUUCACUUGUGACGUGUGUAAUAAGGAGUUUGAACAGUUGUGGGGAAUGUUGGAUCACCGUCGCAUUCACACAGUCGGGGAAGCUAAAUGAGGUGUGUGACUGAGCAUUCACACAGACAGUGACACUCAUCAAAUAUGGACACAACCACACCGAGAAAGACUUUUUACUAGGCUGUGACAAAUGCUUCACCACGCAACAUUGCUGACCAAAGAGAAACCAUUGAAAUGUAAGGUAUGCAGUUGUGUAUUCACACUGUCAGUGACACUGACAUGUCCACGUAAUGCAAGGUGUUUAAUGAGGCCUUUGUACAGUCAUUAGGCUUGAUGUAUCACAAAAGUAUUCCUGCUGGGGAAACAACUGUUGAUGUGUGAAAUCUGUGACAUUUUCUUCACAAACUCACCAGAACUGCUCCCUCAGAGAAUCUCCACGGUGGAGUACUGCGUGCGAAAUCCUUGACUCUUUUGUAACACCAGAAGGUUCAAGCAGGAGAUGAACUCUUCCAGUGUAAAGUUUAUAAUAAGAUAUUCACCCCAGAUCUCCAAAAAUACCACUGGAUCCAGACUUGUCUAAAAUGUGAUACACAGUGAGCGUACCUCCGGUCCGUCAAUGCAUUCAUGUAAGGGAGAAACACUGUCUGUGUGAGUCCUGUAAUAAAGCAUUCAAUUC